CUCACAGACUCACGCUGCGGCACACAAAGCAUUGACUCUUUCUGAUUCAUAUAACUUGGCCUUACUCUCGCCCAGCUUCGUACAACCUCCCUGUGCUUUCACACCCUAAUUAUCCCUCGGGACUGGAAAUGAUGGCCUCUUUCAUGAGCUACUUCGGUGGGAGACGCGAUCCCAAGCAGUCAGCCCGAGAUGCCAUCGUCACGCUUCGGGAGCAGCUGCAUAUGAUUGAGAAGAAGGAGGACUACCUACAGAAGAAGAUCGAUGAGGAGCUCAAGCGAGCAAAGACCAACGCCACUUCGAACAAGACCGCUGCGACAGCGGCAUUGCGACGGAAGAAGAUGCACGAGACCGAGCUGGAUAAGCUGUCUGGUACGCGACUGCAACUUGAGACCCAGAUCAACACCCUGGAGUCGGCAAACAUCAAUGCGGAGACGAUGCAGGCCAUGAAGAAGGGAUCGGACGCUCUCAAGAGCAUACAUCGCGGCAUGAAUAUGGAUACUGUGGAUGCGACCAUGAACGAGAUCAAUACUCAACGCGAAUUGGCAAACGAAAUUUCAGACGCAAUUUCCAACCCUGCAUUCGCUGGUCUCGAAGUCGACGAGGAUGAGUUGAAGGCGGAACUGGCGGAGCUGGAACAGGAGGAUCUCAACGAGCGCCUCAUGGGUGCAGAUCAUGUACCAGUGCAUCAACCAGCAGGAGCAACCAGAAUAUCAGAAACUCCUGCAAGAACACAAGAAGAGGAAGAAGAAGCAGAGCUCAAAGAGCUCCAAGCAGCACUUGCCAUGUAACGCCGUAGGCCUGCUGCCACCGUCCUGCGUUACAUGGUCUCUGCUUUCCGUCAAGUUUGGUCUCUGCUGAGACUUGAAAGCUUGAUGGUAUAUAGCCUCCGCGCGUCCGCUUUGGGUAGAAGUCCAGGGGCUUUGUUCCCCUCCUGUCGUAGUAUCUCUGGUCCGAUAUCCCACUGUACUUAAUCUAUCGUUUUGUUCCUCUCUUCACUGUUAUACUAUCUCCAUUCAUUGUCAGCGCACGAGACCGCAACGUCAUGUUACCCACCUUUGUCUAUCGAUCAACGUGGUCUUUAUCCCUGGCAACUUCCAACCCGUAUACUACAGUCCACCCAUCUCGACGUCGGGCAACCGGGUGACGGUUCUUCUUUCUCGUUCUACCCUUCCAUUUCCAUAUGUCUAUACGACCCCUCUCAUCCGGUUGUUUUACUUCGGUUUUUGUUCGAAUACUGG